UAUCAUUACUAACCUGACAAUGGCAAGUAGAUCUUCUGUUCUUCUUUUGCUUCUCCUCUUUAGCUUUACUUCACUUGUGCUGAAAUGCCACUCAACUUCACCAGAUGACCUCAAAACUUACAUAGUCUACACCGGCAAUAGCAUGAAAGAUGAAACUUCUUCAUUGUUCCUUUACCAAAUCAUGCUUCAAGAAGUUGCUGACAGCAAUGCUGCACCUAAGUCUGUACUGCACCACUACAAGCGUAGUUUCAGUGGCUUUGUUGUGAAGCUAACAGAGGAAGAAGCUAAUAGAAUCGCUGGACUUGAUGGAGUGGUGUCUGUCUUUCCUAAUGGAAAGAAACAACUCUACACGACAAAGUCAUGGGAUUUUAUUGGCUUUCCACAACACGUGCAAAGAUCAAACACUGAAAGUGACAUUAUUAUAGGAGUAAUUGACACUGGAAUCUGGCCAGAAUCCGAGAGUUUCAAUGACAAAGGAUUCGGUCCACCACCUAGUAAAUGGAAGGGAACUUGCCAAAUCUCUAAUUUCACUUGCAACAAUAAAAUAAUUGGUGCCAAGUAUUAUAAAGCUGAUGGAUUCAAAAUCAAAGAUCUCAAAUCUCCAAGAGACACAGAUGGUCAUGGGACUCACACAGCAUCAACAGCAGCUGGGAACCCAGUUAGCAUGGCAAGCAUGUUAGGCCUUGGACAAGGCACAUCAAGAGGAGGUGCCACGUCGGCGCGCAUUGCUGUCUACAAAGCGUGUUGGAAUGAUCACUGUGAUGAUGCAGACAUUCUUGCUGCAUUUGAUGAUGCAAUUGCAGAUGGGGUUGAUAUAUUGUCAGUGUCACUUGGAGGAUCCAAUGAUCAAAACUAUUUUGGAGAUGCAUCUUCCAUUGGAGCAUUUCAUGCCAUGAAAAAUGGAAUAGUGACAGUAUUUGCAGCAGGGAACUCUGGUCCAUCUCCUGCAUCCGUAGACAAUUUAUAUCCUUGGUCAAUUUCAGUCGCUGCUAGCACUUUAGACAGGAAGUUUGUUACCAAGGUUCAAUUAGGAGACAACAGAACUUAUGAGGGAAUCUCUAUAAAUACAUUUGACCUUAAGGGAGAAUUACAUCCUCUGAUCUUUGGUGGAGAUGCCCCAAAUACUAAAGCAGGCAAGGAUGAAUCUGAAUCCAGGCUUUGCCAUCUCUAUUCAUUGGAUCCAAAUUUGGUGAAAGGGAAAAUUGUUCUGUGCGAGGACGGAAGUGGGUUAGGCCCCCUCAAAGGAUCCCAACACAAAGCUGGUGCUGUUGGUUUCCUGAUACAAGGUCAGAGUUCAAGAGAUUAUGCAUUUUCUUUUGUCUUGUCAGGAUCUUACCUUGAGUUGAAGGAUGGUGUCAGUGUAUAUGGCUACAUAAAGUCUACAGGGAACCCAACUGCAACAAUAUUUAAGAGCAAUGAGAUAAAAGAUACUUUGGCCCCCCAGGUAGCCUCUUUCUCAUCAAGGGGUCCAAAUAUAGUUACACCUGAAAUUCUCAAGCCGGAUUUGAUGGCUCCAGGAGUCAACAUUCUAGCUAGUUGGUCUCCAAUUUCCCCUCCUUCUGAUACUCAUGCUGACAAGAGAGAAUUACAGUUCAAUAUUAUCUCGGGAACAUCAAUGUCUUGCCCGCACGUGUCAGGCGCAGCAGGGUAUGUCAAAUUAUUUCAUCCUACUUGGUCUCCUGCUGCUAUACGCUCAGCUCUAAUGACAACAGCUAAACAGAUGAGUCCUGUGAAUAACCGUGACGCUGAAUUCGCAUAUGGAGCAGGCCAAAUUGAUCUCUACAAGGCUGUGAAACCCGGUUUGGUUUAUGAUGCUGAUGAAAGUGAUUAUGUGAGAUUUUUAUGUGGACAAGGCUAUAGUUCAAAGAUGUUAAAACUCAUCACAGGGGAUAACAGCACUUGUCCUGAGACACCUUAUGGAACAGCAAGGGAUCUAAACUACCCUUCCUUUGCUCUUCAAGCCACACACUCCACACCAAUUGUAAGUGGCAGUUUCUACAGGACUGUUACAAAUGUUGGGUCACCAAAUUCCACAUAUAAAGCUACUGUGACUGCUCCUAUAGGACUAAAAAUCCAAGUGACCCCAAGUGUUUUGUCGUUCACUUCUCUUGGUCAAAAGCGAAGUUUUGUGCUUAGUAUUGAUGGAGCAAUAGACUCAGCUAUUGUGUCAGGUUCUUUGGUUUGGCAUGAUGGUGAGUUCCAAGUUAGGAGUCCCAUUAUUGUGUUUGAUGUACCAAUACCAUGAUGGCUAGUUUGAUGCAUUGAAUAAGGAGAAGCAUUUGCACGUUUGUAUGACGCAUUGGAAAAGGAAAAUGUGAGACUAUGCACAUUCCUAUUAGGUUGUGCAAAAUGGAAUAGUGCAAAAAGUUGCAUAACCAGGGUUAAGGCCAUGCAUAUAUUGUCCAAAACAUCCUAAACUUUGAGGCUUUCUACUCAACUUCAUCUAAAAA